UGCCAGGUGUUAAUCUCAGUCUUGUCCCCAGGUUGUUGUUUAGAUUGAGAGAAAGAGAGAGAGAGAGAGAGAGAGAGAGAGAGAUCAGAGAAUCAUCCUCGCUGUUUCCUAUUUGCCCAUUUCUCUCCAAUCAUCAUCAUCAUCAUCUCUACGCAUCAGCCAUGGUAGUUUCUCUAUUCACCUCUAUUUCCUCUUUCUCUCUCUAGAGCAGCCUCGCACUUCCCCCGACUCCCGCGCCUUUUCGUUCCGGCUAUCGAACGAGUCAAAUCCCUAAAUCUCCUUCGAAUCUCUCAUGGCGGUCGUGACGGGAGAUCGAUACCUCGAGAACCUCGAGAAGUUCCUCGAAGAAAACACCGAUUCGCUCAUCGACGCCACCGAUGUCCUCAAGCUAAACCCCGCGGGGCUUUACUACGUUCAUCUCCGCCUCGAAUCUCUCCGCGAAGUCGAGCGUAUGCUCUCCGGAGCUCCCGUCGACUAUCUCCGCGCCUACGUCUCCGAUAUCGGUGAUUACCGCGCCCUUGAGCAGCUCCGACGUAUCCUCCGCCUCCUCCCUUCUCUGAAAGUCGUCUCCUCGCUUCCUUCGCCGGCUCGUGAUCCCACGCCGCUCUCUCUUCUUCCCUUUGCGAGGCUUAAGGUCUUGGAGCUGCGCGGGUGUGAUUUGUCCACUUCGUCUGCUAAGGGAUUGCUCGAACUCAGGCACACCUUGGAGAAGUUGAUCUGCCACAAUUCCACUAUUGUAGGGAGAUUGAACUAUUAGUGUAUUUGGAAUAAGCAAUGAUCGCUGUGAGGUUUGUCAUUUCUUCAGGACGUUUCAAGAACAAGGUUGAUGAUGCGUUGCGGCAUGUGUUUGCUAGUAGAAUCGCCGAGAUAAAGGAUUCACCACAGUGGAAUAAGUUGGCUUUCGUUUCUUGCGCUUGUAACCGUCUCUUGCUCAUGGAUGAGUCGUUGCAACUUCUCCCAGCUGUUGAGUCGCUUGAUCUGAGUCGGAACAAGUUUGCGAAGGUGGAUAAUCUUCGGAGAUGUUCCAAGCUGAAACACCUUGAUCUAGGUUUCAAUCAACUCAGAAAAAUCUCUCACUUGAGCGAGGUAUCAUGUCACCUUGUUAAACUUGUUUUGAGGAACAACGCUCUAACUACAUUGCGUGGGAUUGAGAAUUUGAAGUCACUUGAAGGCCUUGAUGUUUCCUUCAAUAUUAUUUCAGACUUCUCAGAAUUGGAAUUCCUUGGGAGUCUUUCAUUCUUGACAGACUUGUGGCUGGAAGGAAAUCCGUUUUGCUGUGCUCGAUGGUACAGGGCAAAUGUCCUCAGCUACGUUGCUCGUCCAAAUGAUUUAAAGCUAGAUGGCAAACAAAUUGGGAAUAGAGAAUUUUGGAAGAGGCAGGUUGUUGUUACCCGUAGGAAAACUCAGCCUGCUAGCUAUGGGUUCUACUCUCCGGCUAGAGAGGAAGCUGAUGAUGAAGGAAGCUUCAAUAGAAAAAAGUCACAGGCGAAAAUCUACCGGCUCGCGUCUAUUGACACUGAGGAAGAGAGUACUUAUGUAAAUUCUGACCAAGAGUUUGCUUCAUGUGAACUCGAGACUCAAAGCAAAGAGGAGAAUAUCAAGUCCGAUCACGAAGAUGAUAUCUUUGGUCUAAUAAGUAAAGUUGAAAAGUUGAAGAAAGAACGUUCGGUUCUUUGGCUGCGAGAGGUUAAGGAGUGGAUGGAUCAUCCGUCAGAGGAUUUUGUGGAUGUCAGAAAAGACGGCUGGAGUAUUGAUUCAGAGAAAAAGUACUACACAAAGAAUGGAAAAAACCCGAAGCAUCACAAGGAAGCAUUGAGAAAUCCACCAGGGCCUUUACCCGGUUUCCAAAUUACAGAUCUAAAUCAGAAGGAUCAAGCAUAUCUUCUUGAUGGGAAGCCAGAUGAAAAAGGAAACAUAUCAACAUUGGAUGCUACUCACCAUAUAACAGGAUCAUUUUCACCCUCAACAUAUAUGCAAUCACCCCCUCACUACCAAAAGGAUGUCUUACACCGACGUCAUAACCUGGUGGAAGAAAUCUUGCAGCUAUCAGCAGAUUCUUACUCAGUAGCAUCGUCUGAUAGCUCGAGCAGCUGCAGUGAAAAUGAAAAUUAUGACUCUGAGCAAUCAAAUCCUGAACAAGAUAUGUUGGUGGAUCAUCUUAGUGAGAAUAGCCCCGGCGAGGAGAUUCUGGGAUCUGAAAAAGGCACAAGCUUGCUUGAUUCUCAACCAGAAAAAAGUAGCAUAAUAAAGACUUGGAGGAUAGAUGAAUCGUUCAAAGCAAAGACCAAUAAUAUUAUUUCUGGACUACAUAAUAGUGAGCUUGCUUCCGGUGUUAAUCAUAUUUAUAAUUGGUUUGACAAAAGGAAAAGCAAGAGGAAGCCUAAAAAGAGAGUUGUUACUCUAUUGGUGGAUAAUAGUGUCAUAAGUAGCGGAGAAACAUCUCAUAGAAGUGAUGCUGAUAUCAGUGAUUCUGUUGAAGAUGGGUGUGUUUCUGAUCAUUUGCAAGAAGGUUCAUUGACUAUGGGUUGUAAUAGUAAGAGAACUACUAGAUUUUGGGGUGCUGAAAAAACCCCUGAAGUAAUGGGUGGUUUAGUGGACGAGUAUAUUACAACAACGCUGUCAGAUUCCAGCAUUGAUGAGACUUGUAGGACUUACGUAUGUUGUGAUUGCAUACUACGGCAAGAAUCCACCUACACGCAACAGGAAGUAGUGUUGCUGCGGAGUAGCCAAGAUAAAUUGUUUGUGCUGUUCGUGGAUGUUUCUACUGAUUCACAAGACAGAAAUUUAAGUUUAUUGUGUUCGCAUGCUAUAAAUGAUAUACAAGAUGUCUCAGUUGGGCUAGGACUUCAAGUUGUGAGGCUACGCUUUAAGGAGGGCACGGAGUACAUUUUCAAAACAGAGAGCAUCGAGAAAACAACAGUUUUACUCAAUAUCACUAAAGUGUUGGAUUCUCAAGCUACGGAAUCUAAAUGUUUGGGAAGUUUGGAGAAUAUUCAAAUGGAAAUGUUUGAGAAAGAAAUAUGUGGUGGUUUAAAGCUGAGUAUAUUCCAGUAUAGUGUUCUCCAGUUUCAGAGAAGCACUCUUGGAGAGAUGUCAUGGCUUCCACGGUCACUAUUUGUGGUAGAUGGACAUCUUUUCAUAUGCAUUGAAGACUUCAGGCAGCUGAGUUCUCCGCCAAAGGAUACUUCUUCGGCUCCAUAUUUCUCACUUGACUCAAGCUGCUCCAUCUCCGACAUUUUUGAGAUGGCUAUUGAAUCCCGGGGAAGCUCAUGCUUGUCACUGAAGAUCAAGCAGAAGAAUUCCACAUUUCAAGCAAGGCCAAACAGAACAGCGACUUCCGCAACAUGGAAGCUCAAAUUAUUCAGCAUCGACUGUGUACUCAAAUUUGUGUCUCUAGUCAAAGGACUUCACCCGGAUUCACCAGAAUUCCCGUUGCUCGUAAGGCAUUUGGGGUAGAUAUAAGUCGUAAAGUUACUUUUUAGAAAGUGAGAAAAAUGCCUCGUGCAUACUCACAUAAUGUUCAUAACUUCAUAUUCAUUUGAUUCAGUUAGUUCCCAUGUGUUUUGAUUCAUCUUGUAUAAAGCCCUUGAGGGUAUUGUGGCGUGCUCUGAGUGAGUCUGAUUGACAGAUUCCUUCAACCGUUUCAACAUAUUCUUUGAUUUGUAUU